CUCCGGCACAAACACCUCUCGAUGGCUUCGGCGAUUCUACGUCUGCGCAUUAUCCUGUUGUUGUCGCAUGCUCAGUACCUUCCAUUUCCUUUUCUCAUGCCAUCCGGUUGAGAGAAUCCCCCGACUUGUCUGUAUGAGAGCUUUGUUGCUUGCCGGAUUGCUGUCGUCAUUGCGCGUUGAGCGCGAAACUCCGAGGCUCGUUUCAAAAGCGCAACAGAGAGUGAAGAUUGGGUGAGGAGGAGGAGAUACACGGAACGACACGUCUGGAGCAACACUUAUAAUCGAUACUUACGAUGGACCGGUUACAUGCCCUCGAGUCGGCGCUCGAGAAGAUCGUCCUCGACCCCAAAUACCACGAUAUCCUCACACUGGUCAAGGGCAUAAGAAAUGGCAUGGUAUACGGAGCCAAAGUGCGGUUUCCGCACGCUCUCGUAAUGAUAUUCCUCUUCCGGUCGGGAACCUUCCGCCAAAAAACCCUCGCCGUCCUCCGCGCAACCAAACAACACGCCCGCAACCUAGGCUUCUUCGCCCUCGUCUACAAAGCCGCCAUGCUGCUCCUCCGCCACACGUCGCCCACGGGCAAGGAGCGCCACUACGACUCGUUCCUCGCGGGUCUGCUGGGCGGCUACAUAGUCUUCGCCCGCGACAUCCACAACCCCGUCUCCCAGCAGAUUGUCAUUUAUGUGUUUGCGCGCGUGUGCCUGGCGCUUGCAAAGUUGGCUGUUAUGCCGAGGAAACCGGUGCAUCACCAGGGCCAUGGACAUUAUCAUGCGGCGAGUGGGGGAUUGGGACUGAUACCGAAUGAAGAGCUGAGACGGGCGGUGGUGCGGAAUGGGUGGCCGGCGUUUGCGGCGCUGAGCUGGGCCGCCGUCAUGUACGUGUUCCGGUGGCAUCCGGAGACGGUGCAGAGUAGUUUGCGGAGUAGUAUGAGCUACAUCUACGUACAAUCGGACCACUGGGACUCGCUCCGGACGUUGAUCUGGCACAAUAAAUGAGGAGGAGGUGUCAGGGCGAGUCGGAAGCUCAGCACUUAUUUAGGAUUCUUCAAGCAUGUUCGAAGAAAGAAAGAGGCGGCAUUGAGAGAAGAGCAGAGAAGCGAACCACUACUUUCCAUGUACAUGAUUGAUUCGAUUGAUCGGUUCCUUAUUGGCGCAUUCUUAGUUUCCAUAAUGGACCAUGGAUGACCAACGAUACCGACAGCGUUCCCAUAUGUAUCUUGGAGUGGGUAGGGCUAUGGAGUCAUGCAUUUUCGGCGACCCUUGAGCGGCUUCAGAGGCAGCAUGGAUACCCGUCUAAGGGAUUACGAAUAUACCAGAUGCCAGACAUUGAAGGACCCUGGGUGAGAAUUGUUGUGAAGAAUUGAGCAACCC